CUGGGUCUUUGGGACCAUGCAGGGGCGCGGCGCUCCUCCAGGUGGGCUGCCUCCCUCCACAACACAACACGCAGUUAGAAAUAGAGGCAGAGAGCAGAGCACUGCUGCAGCCGCACACACAGGAACCCCGAGCCUCAGACAGUGUGUGUGUGUGUGUGUGUGGUGGGAGGAUGAGGAGGGAGGACUACAGAUUCAUGGCACCGCACAUCUCCCGCACGUCGCCACGCACAACCUGAACCCCCCAAAUGCAUCUGCUGGACUUUCUAAUGCUUCGGAGAAACUCACAAACUUUGAGGCUUCAAGGAUGUUCUUCUCAUGUGGGACUCUCUCAGCCGUCACUUAUGCGCUCCUGUUGGGAAUAACGUGUGUGAGCGUCCUCUGCGAUCUCACCAAGGGCUCUUCAGACUUCUCAGGUUACCUGUCCAAAGUGUUGAGGAACUACACCGAGCAGGCCUGUGACGGAGACUUCCUGUCUGUUCGCUGCCCGCCCCGCACCACCAUCACCGUCCAGUCAGCUUUCUACGGGAGGAGAGGCGCCUCCGACCCCCAACAGUGUCCUCAGACCUACCAGGCCCUCCUCAGCUCUUAUAACGCUCGGGAGGAUGACCGGUAUUGUUCUGUGUCCACCGCGCUACAGAAAAUGCUGGACGAGUGCCAAGACAGAAGGAGCUGUCAAGUCCUUGUCAACAGCCGCGUGUUUGGGACAGACCAGUGUCCUGGCAGCAGUAAAUACCUCAUUGUCUGGUACAAAUGCAGACCUAACGAGUAUAAGAGUAAGGUGGUGUGUGAGGAGGAGAGGAUGAGGCUGAGCUGCAAACGGGGAAUGCAGAUCGCCGUUUACUCCGCCAUGUUUGGCCGAACUCAACAAGGCACCCUGGAGUGUCCCCUGCACCACCGGAGGGCCCCGUCAGUCGACUGCCAGUCGUCUGUGGCUCUGCAGGUCCUGACCGCUCGCUGUCAGGGGAAGAAAAGCUGUCUGGUUCGAGCCUCCACCAGAGACUUUGGAGAUCCGUGUUACUCCGGCACCAGGAAGUACCUCAAUGUCAUCUACACCUGUGUCCCAAAGAAGUUGCUCCAGGAGCAGGGACCCAGACCGCCGGUGUACCCCCCUCCACCCAGCGCCCAUGACCCCAACAUAGUGGGAGACAGCCCUCCGGAGGGGAGCUCAGUCAAACGGCCCGACACUGUUCCAGAUAGGAAGAAGAUCAGAGAGACAAACCCCAACGAGGAGAAGUUCUCAGAAGCCGGAGGAGGAGGAGGAGGAAGAGGAGGAGGAGGAGGAGGAGGAGGAGGAGAAAGUCCCCUGCGGCCUCCAGAUAUGAAUCCCAUCAUCAACUCCACCUCUCGUGGCAACAUGGCCCUCAUCAGCAACGCUCUGGCAGCCUACACUUACAUAUCAGACCACCCAGAGAGGGCGGCGCUCUUCUUCGUCUGCGGCGUGUGUUUGGGCCUCUUCCUCACACUCUUCGCCCUGGUGGUCCAGAUCUCCUGUCGCACAGACUGCCAGCCCCGCCAGCGGCCCCCCGCCAAGAAGCGAGCCCGCCCCGCCGACUCCUCCUCCGAUUCCAGCGACUCGGACUCGGACUGGGACACCACCUCGGACCUGUCGGCGCGGCGGCACCGGCGGUUCGAACGCACGCUCAACAUGAACGUGUUCACGUCGGCGGAGGAGCUGGAGAGGGCUCAGAGGCUGGAGGAGAGGGAGCGCAUCAUCAGAGAGAUCUGGAUGAACGGCCAGCCGGACAUCCCCGGGACCCGCAGCCUCAACCGCUAUUACUGAGGACUUCUUUUAUUUUAGAAAAGCUUGAACAAACUUUUCACUUGGGGUUGGAAGGGGUAAAGAGACUCGGCCUUGUGAAGCUUUAUAAGGAAGCAUGCAAGCAAACUGUGGACUCAUGAGAGCUGUGCAGACUUUGGGAAGAAAGUCCUCCCUCUCUGCUGGUUUGCAUAUUCCUCCGGGUACCAUAAGCCGGACCCCAUUCAGUAAGAGAAUCCCUCUUUCUGCCGGAAACAUGGGGUGAAAGGCUACGCCGCCUCGCCCCUGACCUCAGCAGGCCUUUUUGAAGUGGCGAUUUAUGGCUUAGCUGCCUUUAGACACACACAGGCCUGCAGAGAGCGAAGGAGCAAGGCCUCAGACGGGUUCUGCUGCAUGCAGAACCUGCAGAGUCACCUGCAAAACAGACUGUGAGCUCCAGGCUCAGCACCUCCAGUAUUCAAGUGUGGACUGUUUUACCGAGGGGCAGCAGGAAGCAGAACUCUAUUUUAAGACAAUCUCUCCACAGUGAAUAACCACGCUGCCUUUUGAACUUUAUAAAAACCAAAAGAUAUUUUUUUGGGGGGGGGAGGGGGGAUUCAUCUCAACCCUUUAUGAAAUCUAUUUUAUAAUAUUUAAAAUAGUUUAUUGAUGUUGUGUAUUUUUUUGUUCUCAAGUAUGGUUUAUUAUGAGAUAUUUUUAUACUUGGCGAAGGUUGUCUGGCACCUCAGGGAUGCAAUCCUAGUGUUUCUGUGUUCGGUUGAUGUAUUUGCUUCCUAAGAAGGGGAUCAGCCCGUUUCAACAGCAUUUAAAGAAAAAGAAUUAGAAAUAUCAUAUAAAGAGCCUCAAAGAGGUUUUAGUGAUUUAACCCUAUAAAGCCAAAUGUAU